AGACGCUCCUCCCCGAAGCUCGGCCAAUCGCCGCGGCACAGCCAACCCUCAAAGCAAGGAGCUAGGACCCCGCUCAGCAAUCUCUGCAGAGAGGACGCCGGCAGCUGACUGCUCUGAGGCUGCGCACCGCGAAGAGUUCCCACGGUCUCGCAGCAGAUUUCUGCAGUGGAACCCCAAGGGGGCAGGAUGAUUUGGGAAGUCACCGUGUUGCUCAGCUUGGUCCUGGGAAUUGGCGCUGUUCCCCUGGAGGACCCUGAGGAUGGAGGCAAGCACUGGGUGGUGAUUGUCGCAGGAUCAAAUGGAUGGUAUAAUUACAGGCACCAGGCAGAUGCGUGCCACGCCUACCAGAUCGUUCACCGAAACGGGAUCCCUGAUGAGCAGAUCAUCGUGAUGAUGUAUGAUGACAUCGCCAACUCUGAAGACAAUCCCACCCCGGGAAUUGUGAUCAACAGGCCCAAUGGCUCAGACGUGUACCAGGGCGUGCUGAAGGACUACACGGGCGAGGAUGUCACCCCGAAGAAUUUCCUUGCUGUGUUGAGAGGUGAUGCAGAAGCAGUGAAGGGCGUAGGAUCUGGAAAGGUCUUAAAGAGUGGCCCCAGGGACCAUGUGUUCGUUUACUUCACGGAUCACGGAGCCACUGGAAUACUGGUGUUUCCUAACGAAGAUCUUCAUGUAAAGGACCUGAAUGAGACCAUCCGUUACAUGUACGAACACAAGAUGUACCAAAAGAUGGUGUUCUACAUUGAGGCCUGCGAGUCUGGGUCCAUGAUGAACCACCUGCCACCCGACAUCAAUGUUUAUGCAACUACGGCUGCCAACCCCAGGGAGUCGUCCUACGCCUGUUACUACGAUGAGCAGCGGUCCACGUUCCUGGGAGACUGGUACAGCGUCAACUGGAUGGAAGAUUCAGAUGUGGAGGAUUUGACCAAAGAGACCCUCCACAAGCAGUACCAGCUGGUGAAAUCCCACACCAACACCAGCCACGUCAUGCAGUAUGGGAACAAGUCCAUCUCUGCCAUGAAGCUGAUGCAGUUUCAGGGUCUGAAACACCAGGCUAGCUCUCCCAUCUCGCUGCCCCCCGUCAGUCGCCUUGACCUCACUCCAAGCCCCGAGGUGCCGCUCAGCAUCAUGAAAAGGAAGCUGAUGAGCACCAACGAUCUGCAGGAGUCCAGGCGUCUUGUCCAGAAGAUUGACAGGCAUCUGGAGGCCAGGAACAUCAUUGAGAAGUCAGUGCGGAAGAUCGUCACCUUGGUCUCAGGCUCCACUGCCGAGGUGGACAGGCUCCUGUCCCAGAGAGCCCCUCUCACAGAGCACACAUGCUACCAGACGGCCGUGUCACACUUCCGCUCACACUGCUUCAACUGGCACAACCCCACGUACGAGUAUGCUUUGAGACAUUUGUACGUGCUGGUCAACCUUUGUGAACACCCUUAUCCGAUUGACAGAAUAAAAUUGUCCAUGAACAAGGUGUGCCAUGGCUACUACUGAAAUACUACCUCCUUGAAGCUUUACCGAAUAUGAUCACCGUCCCUUAGAAUGUGUGCUAAUCGGAGACUGGAGAGCUGGAGCCUGAGGGAGGCUCCGCUCCCCGAGCCCCAGCGGCUGCGUCCUCCCAGGGAUGCCGUCAGGCCACCGGAGCCACGCUCCAGGCCUCUCCCAGGAUGGCUUGCUCACCUUUACCUACUUCCCCCAGCACCUACAGGUCCUGUGUGAUCCUCUGAAAAGCCCAGAGAUUUGGGAAGCUCUGUGUUGAGAAGGGUGUAUUUGCUUUUUAAGAGGGUGUUUUGCCCAUGACGUUUAAGGAGUGAGAAUUUCACUGGGACUUCUGUAGCCAGUGAAAGAGUCUUUGUUCUGUGGAAUCUGACAUCAGAACCUCUUAAGUCUUCACAUGAUUUUCUGGAAGAGGGACAUAAACCCCAAAUGGAAAACUAUUUUUAGAAAAUACCAUAAUUUUGGAUUGCUUUUAUAUUUUAUUUGGCAGUAAUGGACAAGUCUAAAAAAAUAAAGAUUUAUCACUGAA